AUGGGGAUAUCUCUCAUGAGCGCCGACCAUAACAGGCUCGAACGCAACAGCUUGGACGUCUUUACAGGCUUUGGAAACUGUCUGGAAUCUCCCGUAUGCGGCCUUCAUCUCUCAUCUGACAGAACUGGUGAUCAUCAUGGCUGGUAUUGCGAUUACGUUGAAGUUUUCUCUGUGUCCUCCAAAUCCUUCAACAAGCCUUGCAACACGCAUCACUUUACGAUACAGCAAUGGCUGGCAACGGACGUCUACCCGUAUCAGCUUGUCGCUCAUAGAGACGAGUGCUCUCGCGUGAAGAAAUCUAUAGGUCGAAAAGUAUCUGCGUAA